UUCUCUUCUCUCUCUCUCAUCGAUGGCCAUGGCGGCUCUUGCGCUCCAUCAGCCUCUCCCAUGGCGGACAAGAUCGAGAACCUUGAGCCCGAGAAGCACCCAUCUACGAUCUCAGAAGGCUCGCCUCUUUUUCACAGUGUAUUCCUCUUCGACGCCAUCAGAGCCCAGCACACAGACCGCGGAAUCUUGUGUCAAUACGGGGUUGUCUCUCUUCAAGAAGGGCAGGGUAAAGGAUGCCCUUUUGCAGUUUGAAAGCGCACUAGAUUUGAAUCCAAAUCCUAAGGAAGCUCAAGUAGCACUUUACAAUAAAGCUUGUUGCCAUGCAUACAGAGGGGAGGGAAGGCAAGCAGUGUCAUGUUUACGAACUGCUUUGCGAGACUAUAAUCUCAAAUUUAGCACUAUUCUUAAUGAUCCUGACUUGGCAUCAUUCAGAGCUUCACCUGAAUUUAAGGAACUACAAGACGAGGCAAGACAGGGUGGUGAAGAUAUUGGUUAUGGAUUUCGAAGAGAUCUCAAACUCAUUAGUGAAGUUCAAGCACCAUUUCGUGGCGUAAGAAGAUUCUUUUAUGUAGCCUUGUCUGCUGCAGCAGGAAUCUCGAUGUUCUUUACUGUGCCCAGGUUCAUACGUGCAAUUAAUGGUGGUGAAGGUGCUCCUGAUAUUUGGGAAACUGCUGGAAAUGCUGCAAUCAAUAUUGGAGGCAUUGUGAUUCUCGUGGCAUUGUUUAUCUGGGACAAUAAGAAAGAAGAGGAACAACUUGCUCAAAUAUCACGAGAUGAAACACUCUCCAGACUGCCUUUACGGCUAUCAACUAAUAGGAUUGUUGAACUUGUCCAGCUUCGAGACUCAGUUAGACCGGUUAUUUUGGCAGGGAAUAAGGAGACUGUAACUAGAGCAAUUGAAAAGGCUGAGAGAUUCCGAACUGAACUUGUCAAAAGAGGUGUUAUUCUUGCUCCUGUCAUCUGGGGUGAGAAUAGGAAAGCUUCUCUUGAGAGAAAAGGAUUUGGCCUUCCCGCAAAAGCUGCCACAUCCCUUCCCUCAAUAGGGGAAGAUUUUGAUAAGCGAACUCAAUCAAUAACUGCAAAAUCACGCUUGCAAGCUGAGGUGCGAUUCAAGGCUGAAAUUGUAUCACCGAAUGAAUGGGAGAGGUGGAUUCGCGAUCAACAAAAGUCCGAGGGUGUUAACCCCGGUGAUGAUGUAUAUAUAAUUCUCCGGCUUGAUGGUCGAGUUCGAAGAUCAGGAAAGGGCAUGCCUGAUUGGCAGGAAAUAGUCAAGGAGCUACCUCUAUUGGAAAAUCUACUUAGCAAACUAGAAAGAUGACAUUGCUGUAUGACCUUAAUUAUCUGCCGUUAUUCAUCGUUAAGUUUCCUUUUGUUCUAUCAUUUGAAAGCAAACUUAUAUGAGUGCAUACAUAGGUUUUAAGUGCAAAGUUACAAUCACUGAGAUAUGGCUGUUGGUCUUUCUACAUAAGGUUUAAUAAAUCUAUUUCAUUGCAA